AUGGACCGAGACUCCACCGAGUCCUGCCGGCCAGCCACACACCCAGAUGACAUGGGGACCAUCGGAGCUGCUCAAUUGCGCUCUGCCAUCCUGGGCUUACUCCUGCUCCAAGGCUGCAGAUGCCAGCCCAUGCCAACCCAGACCUCUCAGGGAGAGUUCAGCAGUCUGAGCCCAGGGCCAGCCUCUCCCAGCACAGGAGUCAGAUCUUCCUUCGAAUCUGGAAGUUCAAGGUUUCUGCUCAGCACCAGUGACCCAGAAGUUCCACAGAAGUCCUCACAGGUCUCCUCGGGAUGGAGUAAGCCUGGAACGCCCAGGUCGAGCACCAUGGCCGCUCACUCCCCGUCCGCACUGGGCCUCACAUGGUCCCAGCCACAGAAGUACACAUCAGGACUUGAAGCGUCUCUGAAUGCUACUCCCAAUUCAGUUACCACAAGUCUGAGGACAAAUGACGACAUGACCAUCUUACCCAGUCCCACAUCAGAGACGGUACUCACCGUGGCUGCCUUUGGUGUUAUCAGCUUCAUUGUCAUCCUAGUGGUUGUGGUGAUCGUUCUAGUUGGUGUGGUCAGUCUAAGGUUUAAGUGUCGGAAGAACAAGGAGUCGGAAGAUCCACAGAAGCCAGGGAGCUCCGGGCUAUCUGAAAGCUCCUCCACAGCCAAUAGAGAAAAUGACUACAUCACCCUCGUCUCCAUGAAGAAUAUCAACAUGAACAACAGUAAGGGCUGCUCCCCAGCAGAAAAGGUUCUUUAAAAGUGACCUGGGUCCCCACGGGUCUAAGUAUGAUGUGGCUGCCCCAUGAACAUACGGAAGACAUGGAGACAACAAACCAUAUAUAAGUUUAUUUCAUGUCUGUGACAAGCUCUAAAGGACACUGCAUUCCUCUAGAUCUGGAAGCAAUCUACUCACAUGACAGACUCCUUCCCACAUGGAAGCCACUUGAGAAAUGUGGCCUGUUCUUCCUUCCUCUCAGAAUCUCAGGAAUGAGGAGUCCAUAAAACAAGGGCCAAGAAAAUGAUGAGAUGGACUGAUCCUUUCUACUUAUAUUAAAAUGAUGACCUGGAGUUCAA